GUCAGGCUGUUCCUGCAGGAUCCCAUGUGCGGCUGAAUCUUCAGACUGGGGCAAGAGAAGUGAAACUCCAAUAUGAAGACAAGUUCCAAAAUAAUCUGAAAGGGCUGAAAAAAGGCAAAAGAUUGGACAUCAACACCAACACCUACACAUCUCAGGACCUCAAGAGUGCACUGUCCAAAUUCAAGGGAGAAGCAGAGAUGAAGAGGUCAAAGGAAGAUGAGGCAAGGCAGGCUGAGGUAAAGCAACUCUUCCGUCCCAUUGAGGAGCUAAAGAAGGAAUUUGAUGAGCUGAAUGUUGUCAUUGAGACUGACAUGCAAAUCAUGGUACGGUUGAUCAACAAAUUCAACAGUUCCAGCUCCAGCCUAGAAGAGAAGAUUGCUGCACUCUUUGAUCUUGAGUAUUAUGUCCAUCAGAUGGAUAAUGCGCAGGACCUGCUCUCCUUCGGUGGCCUUCAAGUGGUGAUCAACGGACUGAACAGCACAGAACCUCUGGUGAAGGAAUAUUCUGCAUUCGUGCUAGGUGCUGCCUUUUCCAGCAACCCAAAGGUCCAGGUGGAGGCUAUUGAAGGGGGAGCCCUGCAGAAACUAUUGGUCAUUUUGGCCACAGAGCAGCCUCUCACUGUCAAGAAGAAGGUUCUGUUUGCACUGUGCUCCCUGCUGCGCCACUUCCCCUAUGCCCAACAGCAGUUUCUGAAGCUGGGAGGGCUGCAGGUCCUCAGAAGCCUGGUGCAAGAGAAGAGCACAGAGGUGCUGGCUGUGCGUGUAAUCACCCUGCUCUAUGACCUGAUAACUGAGAAGAUGUUUGCAGAGGAGGAGGCAGAGCUGACCCGAGAUUCAUCCCCAGAGAAGUUGCAACAGUAUCGUCAGGUGCACCUCCUGCCAGGCCUGCGCGAACAGGGCUGGUGUGAGAUUACCGCCCACCUUCUGGCACUGCCCGAGCAUGAUGCCCGUGAGAAGGUACUGCAGACACUGGGUGCCCUCCUGGCCACCUGCCGGGACCACUACCGUCAGGACCCCCACCUCAGCAAGACGCUGGGUAGCCUGCAGACUGAGUACAAAGCACUGGCUACCCUGGAGCUCCAAGAAGGUGAAGAUGAUGGCUACUUCCGGGAAUUGCUGGCAUCCAUUAACAGCUUGCUAAAAGAGCUGAGAUGAGGCUGUCAUGCUCACACCAGGACUGGACUGAGAUGCUGCAGCUUGGGUGGGCUUUUCAGGGUACAUCAGGCAGAAGGGAAGACUUCCCUACUGGGGCAUGUUUCUUCUGGGCAGGGCUGGCUUGGCCAUUAAAUGGAGAAAUGAAGGCCAUGGUCUGUCUCCUGUGUUUCUGUGCAGACUGGGCUCAGCCCUGUGGCUGGGGACCAUACCUGGGAGGCCUGAGGGUCUUUAGGUGGGUCAUUGGUGAUGAGCCCCUCUUCUGGUGACAUGCUGGGUGGUCAGCCCAGGGCACCUAGUAACAGUCCCCAUGGGAAGGGGCUGGGGUCAGGAAUUGGAAACCUCUGGGGUUCUUUACCAGGCAGUAACUCUGUGAUC